AUGGUGAAAGAUAGCGCCGAAGAGGACGGGCUCGAUUACUCCGCCCCCUCCUCUGGGCUUAGACCCCUGUUGCAGCUCCAGACGCCCGUUCUGCGCUGCGCGUGCGCACUGGCCAUAGUGUGCCUCGCGUCCCUGCUGCGGUGGCCUGAGGGCGCUCACGGAGUGGAGCUGCAAGCGUCCCAGCCCCGCAGGUCCAGGGCGGCUGGUUGGCUGGAUAACUUAGGCCAGAUCUACAAAAGCGUGGGGAAGCUCUUCGGCGGCAGCUCGAAGAAAUCUAAAAACAAGAAAACCGAGAACGCCACGAACCUCUCCCCACCGAACGCCUCGAACCUCUCGCUAUCCAACGCCACGAACCUCUCCCCACCGAACGCCUCGAACCUCUCGCUAUCCAACGCCACGAACCUCUCCCCACCGAACGCCACGAACCUCUCCCAAUCCAAGGCCUCUAUCCUCUUCCUAUCCAACGCCUCGAUCCUCUCCCCACCGAACGCCACGAAUCCUCCACCGCAGGCCACCGCGAAAUGCCAGGCACGGAACGCCAUGGAACCCCUGCCACCCACCCCCUUCCGGGGCCCCAGGUAGGAAAGCCCGGGCACUGCUGGCACCGAGUCAGGGGCCUCGGAACUCGGGGCAGCUGGGGUGGGAGCGAGAGGAAGCUCCCAGGGGUGGAGGCUGGGGAGACACCAGCGCCCCAGAGUCUUCCUUCUCCCUGACCUCCAGACGCCUGACCCGGCGGUCUCGCUGCCCACCAACCCCUUUAUAUUGUGAAAGGGGCCUCAAUUCCUCCCAUCCCCUCAAUGAAAACAAUAAAGAGAAACA